GAGGAGGGUUUCACUCCGGCUGGCGCCGCCGCCUCGCGCGCUCCUGCUCCGCCGCGACCAUCCGGGGGGUUGCUCCUCCCAAGUACCAUGUGUGACGGCGCCCUGCUGCCUCCCCUCGCCCUGCCCUUGCUGCUGCUGCUGGUUUGGGGACUGGACCCGGGCACAGCUGUCGGCGACGCGGCGGCCGACGUGGAAGUGGUGCUCCCGCGGCGGGUGCGCCCGGACGACGUGCACCUGCCGCCGCUGCAGCCCGGGGUCCCCGGGCCCCGACGGCGGCGGCGGCCCCGCGCGCCCCCAGCCGCCCCGCGCCCCCCGCCCGGCGAGCGCGCGCUGCUGCUGCACCUGCCGGCCUUCGGGCGCGACCUGUACCUGCAGCUGCGCCGCGACCUGCGCUUCCUGUCCCGCGGCUUCGAGGUGGAGGAGGCCGGCGAGGCCUGGCGCCGGGGACGCCCCGCCGAGCUGUGCUUCUACUCGGGCCGCGUGCUGGGCCACCCGGGCUCCCUGGUCUCCGUCAGCACCUGCGGCGCUGCAGGCGGCCUGGUCGGCCUCAUCCAACUGGGGCAGGAACAGGUGCUCCUCCAGCCCCUCAACAGCUCCCGGGGCCCGCACGGCGGCCGAGAACACCUGCUCAGGCGCAAAUGGUCCCUGGCACCCAGCCCCUCCGCCCAGGCCCAGGCCCCGGGCCCGCUCUGCCAGGUGCUAACAGAAAAGAAGAAGCCGGGGAAGGGCGGGCCGUCGCCGGACUGGCGGGAGCGGAGGAGCGCCAUCCGGCUCACCAACGAGCACACAGUGGAGACCCUGGUGGUGGCCGACGCCGACAUGGUGCAGUACCACGGGGCCGAGGCCGCCCAGAGGUUCAUCCUCACUGUCAUGAACAUGGUUUACAAUAUGUUCCAGCACCAGACCCUGGGGAUCAAGGUGAACAUCCAGGUCACCAAGCUCGUGCUGCUGCGACAGCGCCCUGCCAAGCUGUCCAUUGGCCACCACGGAGAGCGGUCCCUGGAGAGCUUCUGCCACUGGCAGAACGAGGAGUACGGAGGCGCCCGGUACCUCGGCAACAACCAGGUGCCCGGAGGCAAGGACGACACGCCCCCCGUGGAUGCCGCCGUGUUCGUGACCAGGACAGAUUUCUGCGUGCACAAAGACGAACCGUGCGACACCGUCGGGAUUGCUUACUUAGGAGGCGUGUGCAGCGCCAAGAGGAAGUGUGUGCUCGCCGAGGACAACGGCCUCAACCUCGCCUUCACCAUCGCCCACGAGCUGGGCCACAACUUGGGCAUGAACCACGACGACGACCACGCGUCCUGCGCCGGCAGGUCCCACAUCAUGUCUGGGGAGUGGGUGAAAGGCCGGAACCCCAGCGACCUCUCCUGGUCCUCCUGCAGCCGAGAUGACCUUGAAAACUUCCUCAAGUCAAAAGUCAGCACCUGCUUGCUGGUCACGGACCCCCGGAGCCAGCACGCCGUGCGCCUCCCCCACAAGCUGCCUGGCAUGCACUACAGCGCCAACGAGCAGUGCCAGAUCCUGUUUGGCACCAACGCCACCUUCUGCAGAAACAUGGAGCAUCUGAUGUGCGCGGGGCUGUGGUGCCUGGUGGAAGGAGACGCCUCCUGCAAGACGAAGCUGGACCCGCCCCUGGACGGCACCGAGUGUGGGGCCGACAAGUGGUGCCGCGCGGGCGAGUGCGUGAGCAAGACGCCCAUCCCGGAGCACGUGGACGGAGACUGGAGCCCCUGGGGCGCCUGGGGCAUGUGCAGCCGCACGUGCGGGACCGGAGCCCGCUUCCGGCAGAGGAAAUGCGACAACCCCCCCCCUGGGCCCGGAGGCUCGCACUGCCUGGGCGCCAGCGUGGAGCACGCGGUCUGCGAGAACCCCCCCUGCCCCAAGGGCCUGCCCAGCUUCCGGGACCAGCAGUGCCAGACGCAUGACCGGCUGAGCAGCAAGAAGAAGGGCCUGCUGACGGCGGUGGUGGUGGACGAUAAGCCGUGUGAGCUGUACUGCUCGCCCCUGGGGAAGGAGUCCCCGCUGCUGGUGGCCGACAGGGUCCUGGACGGCACGCCCUGCGGGCCCUACGAGACCGACCUCUGCGUGCACGGCAGGUGCCAGAAAAUCGGCUGCGACGGCAUCAUCGGGUCGGCGGCCAAGGAGGACCGGUGCGGGGUGUGCAGCGGGGACGGCAAGACCUGCCGCGUGGUCAAGGGCGACUUCAGCCACUCCCGGGGGACAGGCUAUAUCGAAGCCGCUGUCAUUCCCGCCGGAGCUCGGAGGAUCCGCGUGGUGGAGGACAAACCCGCCCACAGUUUCCUAGCCCUCAAGGACUCCAGCCGGAGGUCCAUCAACAGCGACUGGAAGAUCGAGCUCCCCGGAGAGUUCCAGAUCGCCGGCACCACGGUCCGCUACGUCCGCAGGGGCCUGUGGGAGAAGAUUUCUGCCAAGGGACCGACCAAAAUCCCCCUGCACUUGAUGGUGUUGUUAUUUCAUGACCAGAAUUACGGAAUUCACUAUGAGUACACCAUCCCCGUAAACGCCACGGCUGAGAAUCAGAGCGAGCCCGAGAAACCCCACGACUCCUUGUUCAUCUGGACCCACAGUGGCUGGGAGGGGUGCAGCGUGCAGUGUGGAGGAGGGGAACGCAGGACCAUCGUGUCCUGCACGCGCAUCGUGAACAAGACCACGACGCUGGUGAAUGACAGCGACUGCCCCCCAGCGAGCCGCCCGGAGCCCCAGGUCCGAAGGUGCAACUCACACCCAUGCCAGGCACGGUGGGUGGCCGGCCCGUGGAGCCCCUGCUCAGCGACCUGCGAGAAGGGCGUCCAGCAGCGGGAGGUGACCUGCGUGUACCAGCUGCAGAACGGCACCCACGUCACCACGCGGCCCCUCUACUGCCAGGGCGCCCGGCCCGCGCCCGUGCAGAGCUGCGAGGGCCAGGACUGCCUGUCCAUCUGGGAAGCGUCCGAGUGGUCACAGUGUUCCGCCAGCUGUGGCCACGGCACGCAGAAGCGCACCGUGACCUGCACCAACUCCCAAGGGAAGUGCGACGCGUCCACCCGGCCCCGCGCGGAGGAGGCGUGCGAGGACUACUCCGGCUGCUACGCGUGGAGGACCGGGGACUGGUCCAAGUGCUCCUCCACCUGCGGGAAGGGCCUGCAGUCCCGCGUGGUGCAGUGCAUGCACAAGGUCACCGGGCGCCAUGGCAACGAGUGCCCCACCCUCUCGAAGCCCGCGGCCUACAGGCAGUGCCACCAGGAGGUCUGCAACGACAAGAUCAAUGUGAACACCAUCACCUCCCCUCGCCUCGCUGCCCUGACCUAUAAGUGCACGCGGGACCAGUGGACCGUGUACUGUCGGGUCAUCCGGGAAAAGAACCUUUGCCAGGACAUGCGGUGGUACCAGCGUUGCUGCCAGACAUGCAGGGACUUCUACGCCAACAAGAUGCGCCGGCCGCUGCCCCCACCCUCACCAAGCUCAUGACACGCGCUCCCGCAGUCCCGCCACACUCCAGGGCCAGCUGAGCACCCCCCCAUCUGAGGGCACAGCAGUCCUGCAGCCAGGAUCCUCCAAAGCACAGCGCCCUCCCCCACAGGCCGUCCCAAGAAUCCAGUCCCCGUAGAACUCAAGUGUGGACUUGACCUUUGCCCUUGGUGCUUUUAUACUUAAUAUAUUGUUCAGAGCCACUGGAUGGCUUUCUGCAGUAAGGGGAAAUAGGCCUGAGCCACAGAAUCGGCAGUCUCGAAGGUUCUCUGGACCUCGACGGGGGCACCUCUGACAACCGACAGCAGAGCAAGACGUCGUCGGCCGCCUCUGCCUCGGCUUUCUUCUGACGUCCGAAUUCCCGGUGCUUCGUGUAUCACGGGGUGGAGUAGCCCAAACGGGACCGUGGACAUGGAAUCGGGCUUUAUUCUGAAAGCCAGCGGCACCCUGGGUGGAAGGACAGAUGCCGGCGGCCUCUCCGGAGGGGCCUCGCGACAGCACAGGAACUUUGCCGUCUGCCCAGCGCUGAGAGCAGGUUCUCUGGACCCUGGGCCUGGCCUGGAGGACUUCCCUCUGCAAGGCUGGAUCUGCGUGAACCCAUGGGAGACCGGGGCCACGCCGCAUUGCAUCAGCUGUGUUGGGGAGAAGAUUCUGGAAGGUUUAGGUUUGGGGAGGUGCUUAAUUGUCAGAUCUCUGCUGUCCACCCAGGGAAAUGGAAGACCCUCUCUUCCAGGUGCUGUGAGCAGCUCUGGGAUCGCUUCCUGGCAGACGGGGGAGCCCAGGACAGCCUUGUCAGGGUCGUGGGGGCUCCUCUCUGCCUUCUGGAGCCCUCUACUCUACUUAGCAGGGGGGGGGGGGGGGCCUCUAUUCUAGCCAGGACUUCAUAACUUUGGCACCUGUAGAUGGCUUCCCAGUGACCUUGGCCACCUGCCUGAAGUUGAUUAUCUCCAGAACCUCAGAAGAUUCAGGCUCAAGCCUGGCCGCUUCGUCCAUCAUGGGCAGAUUUCCUCCAGGGAACACUCCACCUAGUGGAGGAGAGCUGCCUGGCCGGGACCAGGGACCACUGCCCGGCCAUCCAGCCUUCCUGUAGCGCAGACCUUGUCAUGUCCCUGUUGACCAUCUUCCCAGUGGGGCAAGAAGGACACUCAGAAAAGCAUGAAGAGGGUCUUUCCCACCUUCAGUCUCUUCGCCCCUCAACACAGAGCUGUGCCCUCUCUGGAGCCCGGGGAGGGGACCCCUCUGAGGGCACAGAUGAGUCCUGACAACAGGGCGCAACAGUCCUGCAGCCAGGAUCCUCCAACCCACAGCACUGCUGGCGCACAGGCCGCUCACCGCUCACCUCCCAGGAGCUGGGAGGAAGGGACCCCAGCCUGGGAACGGGCCCUGGAUGCCAAGAUGUCCGUUUCCCUGGCCAGCGUGGUGGCAGUUGGGUUGGUGCUCAUGUUCAAGGACGUUGCCAUGAAGACCCCACCAUCUCCUCCGUUAGCCCAGAGGAUGUGCAUGGGGUCUUCUCCGGGUGCUUUUUCGCUUACUGGCGCUGUGUCUGUGGUCUGUGUUUGUGUUGUGGAUGUCACGACUUUCAGGUCAGCUUCAAUCACAAUGACAAACAACAAAUCCCUCUGCUCUCUCAAGCCUGCUCCAGGGAUGGGGGAAGUGGAGGGGGGUGGCCGGGACUUGCUGCAGCCCCUUGGCAGCUGCCCCUACCCCCAGCCCCUGGAAUCAGUGAGGAGUGGAGAACCCUCCUUUGGUGCUCAGCGCCCGGUGCUCUGCAGAGAGAAGGGACAGAAUGCCAGGAUGGGGCUGCCCAUCCUCUAAUGUCACCCCCCCCCCCCCGGCUCUUGUACCCACAACAUUCUUAAAUCUUGGGGCACUAGGAUUUCGUUUUUCCUCAGCCCCAAAUGUUCUGUAGGUCAUCACAGAUGGACAAAGCCGGGGGCGCGGAGCAGGGGGGUUGGCGAGGGGAGGCCAGCUAAGGAAGCCGGGGCAGCUUAGCUUGCACGCCUGCAUGGGUCGCAGCCUGGGCUCCUGGCUGAGCCCUUUCCCUGUCACCUCUGUGUCAACUGCGCGCCCCUGGCAAGGGCCCCACACCCUCAGAGUGCAAACGGCUGAUUCGGUUGUUAAGAAACACCCCAUUGCUUCCCUAAGGUGCUCCUUCCACUCACGUGGCACUGGUGAUCUGCAAUUCACCAGCAACGACUAACCUCGGUGCAGCCAUCGCCCCACUUUGUUCAGAAGACACGAAUACCCCGUGAUGGCCACAGCGGCAGCGGCGUGUCUUAAUGGUUAACAACACCCUGUACUGUCAUUCAAGUGCUGUCCCUACGCGGUCGCACACAUGCGCGGCUAACUACCGUCUUAGGAUCUCAUGGUGCUAUUUGUUUAAAAUAUAUUUUUAUUGAUUUCAGAGAGGGAGGGAGGGAUGGGGGGGAGAGAGAUAGAAGCAUCAAUGAUGAGAGAGAAUCAUUGAUCGGCCUCCUGCACGCCCCUUACUGGGGAUCGAGCCUGACCAGGAAUCGAACCGUGACCUCCUGGUUCAUAGGUUGACGCUCAACCACUGAGCCACACCGGCCAGGCUCAUGGUGCUGUUUUCAUUGGUGCAAAUGCAACCCUCUCGGCUGACCAUGGCUUGGCCACCUCUGCCCACAGGGCACAAUCUCAGUGGCAGUAAUACCAUGUCUUGUUCUCUCCGGAGUCAAAUGUAUAUAGUUCCCAUUAGUUAACUCACUUUGCGUUCUGUCCCCGGGUUAUUCUGUGUGACUUUUUUGGUGCUGGUUUUCAAAAGAAGAAGAAGCAGAGAAAAAAUAGAAAAGAAAUACAAUAGAAGACACACAUUGGACACCACUGUACAUGAAAGAUUGAUCAUUUCAUUGGAAGCGAGCUGAAUAUGUUCAAUAAAGUGUUUUUCCUGUAACAGUCGUGAGCUGUCUGUACAGCAAGAGACAAAGCCAGUCCUCAAGGCUGAAAGAGGGAGGCGGUGUGCCUUUCUCCCGGGGUGUCGCGGGGCUUGUCUGCGGGGAGCUGGGGGCUGCCGGCCAGCUGUGGACAGUGUCAGGGGGCGCUGGUCCAUGCGGUUCUGGCCGUGUCUCCCCCAGUGAGCAAGUGCUAACCAACCAUUCCGUCCUGGGCCUCCUCCCUGUGUGGUUGCAAACCCUGGAUGGGGCCCGGCCGGCGUGGCUCAGUGUUUGAGCGUCAACCUAUGAACCAGGAGGUCGUGGUUCGAUUC